AGUGUGUGAGAUGUGCAGUUCACCUUGUUCGACGGUGCUGAUGUUAAAGCAGCGGGAGGAAGAGGAAGAGGAAGAGAACUCUGGGACGCCGGAACUCUCUCCAUCCCAUAAUCCUCUCUGCGGCGCUCCUGAGCUUCAGAAGCAGGAAACUGAUGACAGUUCAGCGGAUGUUCUUCAGUCUCUCGGCAGCGGCGCGCGAGAUCGAUCUCCAUCGAUAAUGAGUGAGCAGAGCAUCUGUCAGGCGCGGGCCACCGUCAUGAUGUACGACGACGGCAGCAAGCGCUGGGUCCCGGCCGGAUCCGGAGCGCAGGCCGUCAGCCGGAUCCACGUCUUCCAGAACCCCAGCAACAACAGCUUCCGGGUGGUGGGCCGCAAGCAGCAGGCGGACCAGCAGGUGGUCAUUAACUGUCCUCUGGUCCGCGGGAUCAAGUAUAACCAGGCCACUCCCACGUUCCACCAGUGGCGGGACUCGCGGCAGGUGUGGGGGCUGAACUUCGGCAGUAAAGAAGACGCGGCUCAGUUCGCUAGCGGGAUGCUGCACGCGCUCGACGUGCUCAGCGGCCAGACGGACUCGGGUGCAUGUCCUCCCUCUCCUCGACCGCCUCAAAACGGCCCGAGCGCGGAGGAGUUAGAGCAGAAGAGGAGGCAGGAGCAGCAGGAGAGAGAGAGACAGGAGCAAGAGCGAAUGGAGAGAGAGAGACGGGCGUCUGUGGCUCCAGCCCUGCCUCCUGUUCCUCCUCCCGCUCCGGCCUCUGGUCCUCCUCCUCCUCCUCCACCCGGACCUCCACCUGCUCCAGGACCCCCACCGCCGCCCCCACCACCACCUCCUUCAGGAGGAGGUCCACCACCCCCGCCCCCGCCCUCAGGAGGAGGAGGAGGAGGAGGAGGAGGAGGAGGAGGAGGAGGAGGAGGAGGAGGAGGAGGAGGAGGAGGAGGAGGAGGAGGACUAGGAGGAGACGGAGGUCUGGCCGCAGCACUCGCUGGAGCUAAACUACGGAAAGUGGCCAAGGAGGACAGUGGAGCGGCGGCUCCUGCGGCGAGCGCCAGUUCAGGAGGAGGAGGAGGAGGAGGAGGUGGAGGAAGUGGAGGAGGAGGAGGAGGACCAGGACUGAUGGGAGAAAUGAGCGCAAUUCUCGCUCGACGGAAAAAAAUGUCGGACACUCCAGGGACGAAGAAGGUUGAAGCGAGCAGCGCUGAUCCUGUGAGCAGCGACUCCAGACCUGCAGACGUGUUGAAGAAGCCGUGGGAGAAGCCGUCGUCCGUUUCACGGGUGAACUCAGCGCCUAAGACUCCCAGCCCAGUUUCUCCGGCAUCUGCGGCUCCGUUGAGCAGGACGAGGCCCGGCAGCAGCACCGGAGGAGACACCGGAUCCAGAGACGGUUCCGACCUGGAGAAAUUCAAAGAGGAAAUCCUGGAGGAGAUGCGCAAAGAGCUGCAGAAAACCAAAGAUGAAAUCAUCCGCGCUCUGAUCGAGGAGCUGCGGAGUAGCAGUGUGGUGUAGCAGCUUCACGCGUGAGCAUCAGGACGAUGAAGAGACGUCUGCUCAAACCACAAGCACUGCAAAGAAA